UGAUCAUUUUGCUCGAGAAUUAAAAAAACCUUGACACGAGAAAAAAGAAAAUAAAUAUUAGAAAAUUCAUUUAGUUUGGGAGGUUCAGAUCUUGAGAGAUUUGACGAAAUUUUGGUUGUUAGUAAAUGCUUUUUGAAGAUGGUAGCUGAAUCAGAGGUUUUGCAUUUGCAGCAGAGGGUGGCUGCGUUGGAUGUUAAUUAUUUCGGUAAAGGAAGCAAAAUUGAAGAGAUUGAAGGUAUUGUUACGAUUACAUCGCCGGUUUCUCCGCAAGCUGUGAAUCAAGUUCGUAUAUCGGAGUCAGUUUCAAACGACUUGUCCACCUCUCAAGUGGACGAAAAAUCUGCAGAAAAGAUUCCAGAUGACAGUCUUGAAUCUCCUGACCUGCAAUUUGUUCCUAGCAUUCGAUCUGGUAGUUUUGCAGACAUCGGUCCACGCAGAGACAUGGAAGAUGAGCAUAUAAAAAUAGAUGAUCUGUCAUCUCACUUGGGAUCCCUCUUUACAUUUCCUAAGCCUAGUGCUUUUUAUGGGGUGUUUGAUGGUCAUGGAGGACCCGAAGCAGCAGCAUACAUCAGGAAAAAUGUAAUUAGAUUUAUUUUUGAAGAUGUCAACUUCCCCCAAUCAUCUGAAGAUGAUGAUGUUUUUUUGAAAGCGGUUGAGAACUCCCUUCGGAAUGCAUAUCUGCAUGCAGACAAGGCUUUGUCUGCUGACUCCAGCGUGAGUAGCUCCUCUGGAACAACAGCACUUAUUGCUUUGAUAUUUGGAAGGCUUCUGAUGGUGGCUAAUGCCGGUGAUUGUCGUGCAGUUCUCUGCCGGAAGGGAGAGGCAAUUGACAUGUCUCAAGACCACAGACCAAUAUAUCCAUCUGAAAAGAAGCGAGUUGAAGGGUUGGGUGGUUAUGUUGGGGGUGAUGGAUAUCUAAAUGGUGUUUUAUCAGUGUCCCGUGCAUUGGGUGAUUGGGACAUGAAGUUUCCUUGGGGUUCUCGUUCACCUCUCAUAGCAGAACCUGAAUUUCAGCAGAUGGUUUUAACAGAAGAUGACGAGUUUCUCAUCAUUGGAUGUGAUGGAAUCUGGGAUGUGAUGUCAAGUCAGCAUGCAGUAAACCUUGUACAUCGAGGACUGCGGCGUCAUGAUGACCCUGAACAGUGUGCCAGGGACCUUGUCAUGGGGGCCUUGCGCCUCAACACAUUUGACAAUCUCACAGUAAUAAUUAUAUGCUUCACUUCCCUUGAUCACCGGGAGCCAUCACCACCUCAACAACGGAGAACGAGGUGUUGCAAGAUUUCUGCAGAGGCCUUGUGCAGCUUGAAGAGCUUAUUGAAUGGCAGUGCAGGCCGUUGAAUGUAAAUAUUAUAUCUAAAUAAAAUCUCUUGAUUAGGAGAGAAUUCUUACUGUUUCUGGCUGCUUCAGUCAGAUGCUAGAAAAAGCAGCUACCAGUUUUGUAGGUAUCAACAUUUUCCAGCUGCGAUGGGUGAGUUCCUGGCUGAUGCCUGGCUGAUGUACAUAGAGUGACGGAUGGCGGUGGUUGUAGAAAUGAUCCUGAUAUAUUGUUCUUGCGUAAAGUCAUUAUGGAUUAUUUUUUCGUAAAUAAUCCAAUUUCAGGGUGGCUGCCCGUUUGAUGUAGUCCAUUUUUUAUUUGUGACACGGUCUGUAUCAUAAAUGCGUUUUCUCAUUUUAAUGAAGUUUUUGAUAUUUGUAUU